UCGCAUUCUAGUGACGUCGUCGAGAGGCGCGGUUGCCUAGGCAGCAGAAGAGGACCCUGUUGUUGUCGCUGCUCGGGGAGGGGGUUAGAAUGGUUUAAAAUGGGUCAGGAAGGGGCUCAGGAGCCGCCAUGGGGGUCCCUCUUCCUGAAGAGAGUGGUGGUCUUGCAGGCUUAUGUCCGGGGUUAUCUUGUCAGGAAGAGGUUUCAAGGGUUAAAGCAGGAAUAUGAGGACAUCGUGAAAGAGAUCGAAGGGAACCUGGAUCGGCUGCAAUGGGAGAACCAUUCUGUACCAAAGCCCAUAUUUCUCCCCAAGAAAUCAAUAAAGAUGAAGGGAUUAAGCAGCCAAGACGCUGAAUCCAGCAAAAAACAGGAACAUGAGCCAAAGCUUUGCUGUCAAGAGGAGUUACUGCCAGAAAAAGACUGUAAGAUGCAGUUUCCAAGACACCUUUCAGAAGAAGUGAUUGAUGUCAAAGAGGAGAAUGAUGUCAGGCAGAAUCCAGAGUAUUUUGAAAGCAAGCCACCGGGGAACGCCUGCAUUGUGUCGGCAGAGGAUGAGGAAGACAAGGAGCAAAGCAAUGCAUCAUCAACAUGGAGCAGCCUUAUCCUGGGGGCAGAAACCCCUCCACAGGGCCAGACGCUUCUUUGCCACCAAAGACAAGCAAUGCCGGAGCUGCAGGAGCACCGGAAGCACUUGGCCAUGGAGCUGCUAUGGCUGCAGCAAGCCAUUGUGAGCCGCAAGAAUUAUUUGAUCCUGAAACAGAAGAUGGGAAGCGCAGAGUGACUACAGUCUGGAGGCACAGCCAUUGGUGCCGUUGGGAACAGAAAACUGGAAGCACAUGGACUUUGAAGCUAUCAGAUGGGGAAAAUGGCUGAGACAGCUUUCAGCCGUUUUCCCAGAAAUGAGUUGUGAUAUUUGUGCAAAGGGUGUGUUUUAAAUACAACAGCUAAGAAGGACAGCAUUCUCUGUGGAAGAACUAGACUCUGUUUCUGCAGGCUGAGCUUGCAAAUUGUUUUUGAUGGAGCAAAAUCUGAACUUGAGGGUUUCAUAUACACACAAACACAUACACAGAUAUGCAGCCUUUCCAACAACAGGCCGAUAUAGCCCAGUGUCUAUGGUUGUUCUUGGCUGCCUGGGGAUGAUUGAACAGGAAAUGAUCAUUCUUUUUAUGUGCAAACUUUCACUUGUCACUUGUUCACUUGUUCGAAUUCCCAUCGUUCUGCUCCAGAGCUUCCAAGUGUAACUCUUUGGGUAAAAUCCAGAUGUUCUUUAUUGAUCUUUUGAUAGAUUGAAUGUUUAUUCUGUGGGUACAUUUAUCUCCACCUUUCAACCUCUCAAUCCCAUAAGCCUUUAUCAUUGCUUCAUUUGUUGACUUGGUAUUAAGACUAUGCAAUCUCUGAUAAAUUGGCAGUUGUCAAAAUGAUGAAUGUGUUUUUGCUUUAAAUAAAAAGCUAUAUUUUCUUAAAA